UUUGUAGAACUUCUCGUCAAUCUUGAUGGGAAAAAAAAGAGAAAAAAAUAUGAUAGAAAAUCCUCGUCUCCAGUAAACGUCAAAGAAACGUCAAAUUUGAGACAAUGUCGUAAAAUUUACUCUAUUUGCUCGCGAUAAGAUUCGGCCUAUCGACGUCGUUUAAUAAUAUCAGAUAUGGAUACGUGCCGAUGUGGCACGAUUGGCGAUACCACGAAGACGAAGACGAAGACGAGGACGAGGACAACGACGAGGACGGAUGGCCAGUUUAUAACCUAAAGUCUCGUAUUCGUGUGUGCGAUUAUCGCCUUUUUUUCGUGAUGUAAUAUAUUAUUAACAGAGGAGUACAGCGGUAUGUUGAAGCACGUAACGAUGGACGACACAUACGAGCUGAACUUGAAGAACGUAGUCAGCUGGGUCGCAUCCAGUGCGUUAAUUUUCGGCGCGGUUAUACCGUACAUACCGCAAUACAAGGAGAUCAAGAGGAAAGAGGACGCGGAAGGAUUUUCCCUCUACGUUUGUCUCACCCUUUUAAUCGCCAACACGCUUCGUAUAUUAUUUUGGUUUGGUAAACAUUACGAGCUUCCACUUUUAUUGCAAAGUUUACUCAUGAUUGUGGUGAUGUUUGUUAUGAUUAAGCUCUGUAUUAAUGUGCAAAACAGGACGCAAAUAAUCAAAUCGAAAGAGCGUGUACUUACAGAUUUGGACGCUAGAUUUUUUUGGAAGUGGACAGAUUUUAAGUCCUAUCUGGGUUUUAUGAUUCUAUUUGCCAGUAUAGGUGGCUUGUUAACGUAUUUAUUUAUGGAUAUUCCAACGUUUAUCGAAGUUGUUGGGUUCUUAGCGGUAUUGAUAGAGGCUAUGUUAGGAGUUCCACAAUUUCUUCGUAAUUCGUCUAACAAAUCGACUGUAGGGAUGAGUAUAGCUAUGGUGGCAAUGUGGACUGUGGGAGAUAUUUUCAAAACGUGUUAUUUUGUUUUGAGAAACACACCCGUGCAAUUUCAGGUGUGCGGUGCUCUCCAAGUCACAAUUGAUAUCGCUAUUUUAGCACAAGUGUACCUUUAUAAGACUAAUAACAAUGUACAUGCAAGAGCUCCCAUAAGAUCAGACUGAAGAUUGUUUAACAAGUUAUUUCUCAUCUAUAUCUAUAGAUGCAGAUUUUUUAUUUGUCAUUGCUGAGAGAUUUAACAAAACCUAAAAAGAAUAUAUUUUUAUAUUGAAUAACCUCGAGAAUCGAGGUAUAUUUGAAAUA